AUGAAUUGUAGAAUAUGUAUAUUGCUGAUUUUGUUGCUGAUAUUGACUACUACAAUUUCUGGACAAAGACAACUUUAUUAUAGUUAUAAAAAGUCAGCAGAAGCAGCAACAAGAACAACAACAAUACCAAUACCAAUACCAACACCACCAAACACAAUUUCACCACCUUCUUCAAAUGUACAAUCAAAAUCAACUUCACUACCUUUACCAUCAUCACCACCAAGGAUAAACAACAACAACAAACCAACAGUAAUAUCAAUAGAUUCCUAUGAUGAUGAAUAUAUAAAGAAAGUAGAGUUUUUAAAUAGUUUCAAAAGGAAAUCAUCACCGUCUUCUUCAUCAUCAUCAUCAACAACACCCAUACAGAUUAAAAAAUUGACAAGACAAUCAAUUAGAGCACAAGAGCUACUAGAACUUCGUCAAUUAAAUUCAAACUAUAACAACAAGAAUAACAAAAUCAAUAGUUUUAACAAGAAAGAAGAUAAAGUAAUUGAAAGUCUUAAUCAAAAUUUCACAAGAGUUUUAUAUUCAUAUUGGAACUCAUCAGUGUAUUGCCGUCCAUCAUGCUAUUUCUUUGAUGCCAAGAAUUGGAAUAACCAUUCAGCACCCAGAGCAGGAUAUAACAACUAUGCCUAUGUCAGCGUCGAUAUGAGUUGGUUGUCGGUAACAACAUUAAAUUCACUUACUUCAACAGGACUUUCAAUGCCGAUUACUUCACAGUCGGUAACUCUACCAUUAGUUUCAUUGCGUCCCGAAUAA